CACUAUUGAAUUCCAGUCAUUUGUAUAACUUAAGUACUAAACUCUACUAGCAUUUAGUUUUCAAUUUCAAACGCUAUAAACACACAAGCAUUUUCGAAUUCUGACUAUGACUAAAUAUGAUGCGUACAAUUAUAAAAUGUUUUUACGUAUAACUUGCAUCAGAUUCAGGAUUAAAUGUCGGGCCAUCGACUAGUUUAUUCAUCCCCCGUUCUCUUCUUCUUCUCUGCGCUCGUGACUCUACUGCUGAGUUACUGCUGCAUCAGCCCGGCGUCCAGUUUCGCCUUUCAUCCUCGCGUCUCCCGCACAGACGAUGCCAUCAUCAUCGAUUUUAUCAAUGUCGAAUUUGCUCCGUCUUACUACAGCCAGCCACUGUACGGCAGCAAAGUUGCCAAGCCGGGAUUCGCCCAGCAGCAACCAUUCUUCGAUCCUUACACGACGAUUUACACACAACAGCGACCCAGUGGAUGGUCCUAUUCAUACGGAUAUCCUAGUCCUAAUAGUCGUCCUACUAAUCCUCCACCCAAAACACCGUCCGAUGUCGAAUACGAAGAAUUCUUCAACAGUCUGCUGGCCGUCAAACAAAUGCGCAAGUGCGGCAGGGGACCGGCCGCCAUGCCCACAACAAGGGCCUUGAUAACCGAAAGGGUCGCAGGCGGAAUUGAUGCCAAUAAAGGCGCGUGGCCUUUCAUGGUAGCCCUGAAAAAUAGCGACGGUUCCAUAUUUUGCACCGGAACUUUGUUGAGUGACACCAAAGUCCUACUGGCGGCCCAAUGUCUGGAAAAAAUGUCUCUGUUUGAGAUGAAUGGUGUGACCUUAUUGUUUGGGAUGCAUUUCUCGAAUCUAACGGACGUCCAAAUGACUAGGAGAAUCGGCAGAGUUAUGCUGCACUACGGAUACAACGCCUUGACCUACGCCAACGAUAUCGCCAUCGUAUCACUGGACGCACCCGUGGAUUUAUCCAGGACUGUCGCUCCCGUUUGUCUGCCAACGGCCAGUACCGACCCCGACCAAUUCGUCGACCAACCUGCCGUGAUUUUGGGAUGGGGACGAGCCCCUGGCGCAGCAUUGCAAAAUGGAGAAUUGCAACAAGCCAAGGUUUCCAUCAUGUCCAAUUUCGACUGCAAGGCAAUCGAGACCCCUGGCAAAUACGUGACGGACAACACUCUCUGUAUUACUUCGACUUUUGGUAAUAGAUACACGUGUCUGAUUGACGUCGGCGGUCCAGUCGUCACUUUACCAUCGCCAGGGGCCUGGACCAUAGUCGGAAUCAACAGCUACACCAAGGAUUGCGCUACCAACGGCCUGAAAACCCGAGUGGCUGCGUUCAGGGCCUGGAUUGACACACACAUAAAAUAAAAGUGUAAACCGGCCAAUCGGAAAUUGGCCCAAGACGACGAACAACACGGAACGACACGAUUCUGAAAUUCUAGCCAUUUUUUUUCUAGUUUUACAAUUUGUUGAAUUCGUUUUUAGUUGAGUGAUAAUAUUGAUGAUUAUUUAAAACCCUAAAAGAAUUCUGAAAUGUAUCAACACUACCCCAAAGUCUAGCAAAUUCUCUCUAUAUAAAAUAAAAAUCCUUUCGCGACAAUACGGGUCCUACAAUAAGAAAGAA